AUGUCAAAGUUCGUGAAGAAUGUUAAAAAAUGGACUGGCGUGUCUAGGGCGUCCACGCCUGAGCUCAGCCGCAGCCAGUACUCCUUGGUGUCCUGCGGGGAGUUGACCGCUGAGGCGAUUCAAGUGUGGCUGGGGCUGCCGAAGAAGAUCAAAUAUGAUCCAGAGUUGGCACCGUUUAGACAACGCUAUGAAAAGGAGAUCGGUAAUAUUGAGAAUGAGAACGUCCCGCUCGACUGUAACGGUUCUGUGCCGGAUAGUAAACGACUUCCCCUGGUGAAAUCCGCUCCGCAUCUCAACAACAGCAACAACAAUAACAACAGCGUUAACGAUGCCUACGUUAAUUUCAAAGAUUCUGAGGAACCUGACAAUAAUCACGGAAAUAAGAUCGAAACACAGAAUCAUCAUGGAUCAACACACAAAAAACAAACAAAGAUGGCCAUAGCCAGUCACUAUGUGAAAAUGAUGUUGCUGAUUGCCUGUUGGAUCUUCUUUACGGUUGUUUUUAUGUUAUACAAUGAAAAAGAAGUAAUAAGAAGGAACUCUUUUGUAGCGCCCGGAGAAAUCAAAAAUUAUAUUCUAAACGUAUCGAGUGAUAAGAUUGUGGCACUAGUGAAACUAUCAGGUCCGUUCCUACCGGAGCCUACGGAGAAACACUUGAACGCGAGUGAACUGAUCAAAGCUGAUAAAAUGACGUUAUGGUUGGAAAGGUGGACGUUGAACGCUAAUUUUGACGGAGUUGAUGUAAACGAAUCAAUAAUAGCACAAAGAGAAGUUUCCGAUCAUUGGUCGAUAUUACUUCAAGGGAACGAGUUUCUUGACUUCAACCAAGGAGAGCCACGUUCCACCACUCUAGCUCUCCCUACGAACUCGUCUAGCUCGAACAAUUCAACAGUUUAUGCCAUCCGUAUGAACACAACCUCGAGUAAAACCGUUCCAUUGACUUUGGCUUUCACGGUGGACCCUGUAGAAGUCGCAAACGGAGUCGCGUACGCCUGUCUACUACUUUGCGGCUUGUAUGUGCUGAUCAUAUUUGAGAUUGUCAAUCGACCCAUGGCGGCUAUCAUAAUAUCUACAACAUCCUUGGCUGUGCUAUCUCUGAUCGGCGAAAGACCCUCAAUACCUGAACUGGUUUCCUGGCUUGACAUCGAGACGUUGCUCUUACUGUUCAGCAUGAUGUUACUGGUGGCUAUAACGGCUGAGACGGGAAUUUUUGAUUUUCUUGCUGUUUUCACUUUUGAAGUGACUAGAGGCAAACUGUGGCCACUUAUAUCUUUAUUGUGUGCGAUCACAGGCCUGCUCUCGACCUUUCUCGACAACGUCACCACUGUGCUCCUGAUGACUCCUGUUACGAUCAGGUUAUGCGAGGUAAUGAACUUGGAUCCAAUCCCCAUCUUGAUGUCAAUGGUGGUAUUUAGUAACAUUGGUGGGACCUCCACGCCUGUCGGAGACCCACCUAAUGUUAUAAUCGCAUCUAAUAAAGUUGUGGUUCAAUCUGGAAUCAACUUUACCAAUUUUACUCUGCACAUGACUGUUGGGGUCCUAUUGGUGUGCGUGCAAACUUACUUUCAGCUUCGCUAUAUUUACCGGGACACCAGUAAAUUGAGAUUGAGUGUACCUACAGAUAUACAAGAGCUACGUCACCAGAUCUCGAUUUGGCGGCGUGCGAUAGAAUCUCUUCCUCACUUGAGUAAAGACCAGCACGUUGUAAGAGAGAGACUUGAAAGGAAAGUUACAAAAUUGAACACUAAGCUGAUGGCAUUAGAGAAACAGAGCACUAAGAGGGUGUUUCCUAAAGAGACCUUCCAUAGUACUCUCAUCGAAUUAAAAGAGAAGUACAAGAUCCGUGACAAGGCGCUUCUUAUCAAGGCUACAGUAGCGAUCAGUUUUGUUGUUCUGGUCUUCUUCCUACACUCCAUACCCGAGUUUAAUCGCGUGUCAUUAGGCUGGACAGCUCUACUUGGCGCGAUACUGCUCCUAACGCUGGCGGAUCGAGAAGAUUUGGAGCCGAUUUUGCAUCGUGUUGAGUGGUCCACAUUGCUGUUCUUCGCCUCGCUAUUUGUAUUGAUGGAGGCUUUGUCCAAACUGGGCCUUAUCGAAUUUAUCGGUGGCAUCACAGAAGACCUUAUUUUGAAAGUGAACGAGAACGCUAGGCUGGCUGUCGCUAUUUUGCUCAUCUUAUGGGUGUCAGGACUGACAUCGGCGUUUGUAGACAACAUACCGUUGACAACGAUGAUGGUGCGCGUGGUGACCACUCUGGGCUCUAAUCUGCAGCUGGGUCUUCCCAUGGCGCCUUUGAUUUGGGCUCUGUCAUUUGGGGCCUGUUUGGGAGGCAACGGCACACUGAUCGGCGCGAGUGCAAACGUGGUGUGCGCCGGCGUGGCCGAGCAGCACGGCUACCGCUUCACCUUCCUGCAAUUCUUCCGCGUCGGCUUCCCCGUCAUGAUCGGCCACCUCUUCGUCUCCUCCCUCUACCUCCUCCUCUGCCACUGCGUCUUCACCUGGCACUGA